GGAGGCGCUGCGAGGUCACCGGGCGCUUCCCGGGCUGCCCGCGGCCCCGGCCCCCGCCGGGAUCGCAGUGCCAGCCAAGCGGCCACGGGCCAGGGCGGAUUCUGGGGCUCUGUAGCCCCCAGGCCAUUGGUAAUGGGCCAGCCAUCGCACCUCCGGGGUUCCGGGCUCUGAGGGCCGCCUCGGUGCUAGAGCCAUGGAUGCCAACCUGCCAGGCACCUUUCUGCUCAACGGCCCCUCUCUGGGUCCCUUCCCCGAGGCCAAGGCGCCCGUUUGCCAGUACUCAGUGCAGAGCUCCUUCUACAAGCUGGGGCCCCCCGGACUGGGCACCCAGCUGGCUGCUGGCACCCCCCACGGCAUCUCCGACAUCCUCAGCCGGCCAGCAGCGACGCCGAACAGCAAUCUCCUCCCUGGCUACCCCCACGCAGGCGGAUUUAACGGACUGAGCUCCCCGGGCGUCUAUUACGGGCCCCAGGUGGGAGCCCUCCCCAAGGCUGGUGGCGAGUACCUGCCGCGGGGACGGAGCUGCUGGGCGGAGGCGGCCCCGGAGUGGCGGGGCGGCCGGCAGUGCGGCGGCCCUCCUGCUCACUUGGCUGACAGCAUCCACAAGAAGAAGCACACACGCCCAACCUUCACGGGACACCAGAUCUUUGCUUUGGAGAAGACUUUUGAGCAGACCAAGUACCUGGCGGGUCCAGAAAGAGCACGGCUGGCCUAUUCUCUUGGCAUGACUGAGUCUCAGGUGAAGGUCUGGUUCCAGAACCGACGGACCAAAUGGAGGAAGAAGAGUGCCCUGGAGCCCUCCUCAUCCUCGCAGCGGGCGGGGGGCUCUGGCGGAGAGCGGGCGGCCUCUGAGACCGAGGACGAUGAGUACAACAAGCCCCUGGACCCAGACUCUGAUGAUGAGAAGAUCCGGCUGCUGCUGAGGAAGCACCGUGCGGCCUUCUCAAUGCUGGGCUUGGGCACACACAGUGGCUGAGCACCAGCACAGCUCGCCCCUCUGGGCCGGGGUGUGACUGGCCCAGCCACCUGCAUCCUGCUGGGGGGUGACUCCCGUCACCAGCAGGUGCCUGGCUGUUGGGAUGGGGUGGCUGACAGCUGGAUGGGGAGCAUGGCUUGCAGGGCUGGGAGCAGCACUCGUGGUAGUGUCAGGUGCAGCCAUGUUAUCGGCAUUGAUGAAAUAAAGGUCCCAGUCAAGUCCCAGCACUUGUUUUGUGGGCAUGUGGUUGAGGGUGGCCUUGUGAGGCUGGGCCAGAGAAGGGUUGGGGAUAGGAUGUAUGGGGCAGGGUCUGCAUGCCAAGCAGGGGAAGGGUCCAUGCUGUGAUCCUGCGUGUGGGGCAGGAAGUGCCCUGGAGAUUUUCCCAGGGUUUUCUCUGGUUUGGGUGUUUACCAGCAGCAAGAGCUGCUGGUUCAAAAGUCACUCACUGGGGCCUCUUAUUGGAAGCUCUUAGCAGCAAAUAAAUAUCAUUUAUCUUAACGGUGUGAGUGAGAGCCCAUUCACCUGUCGGGGCUGCAGGAUUGAUGCGGCAUCAAUAGUCCCAGUGUGUUUG